AUCGUUUAUCAAAAUUUAUAUCUCCGGUCGUGUAAACGAGGAGCGAAAAUAAUAUAAACUUUUCCAAUAGUGGAGACCUUUUGGCCUUUGCAAAGGCUAUUAAGGUCAUCGGUCAACGAUAGGAAAAAAAAAGAAAGAAAACCGACCAAUGAUGUCAUCGGUUUUACCGUUCGCGCAAUCUCGUACAAUGACGUCGCGCGAACGCGAAAGUACGAGACCGGUAUCCAAGAUGGCGGUCCGGUGGUAAUGUUAGACGAAGAAUGGAACCUACUAGUUCCAUUCGGCCCGCAGAUCGUUUAGUGGUUCGUGUACCCAACGUGUGGAUAUUUAGCCAUGAAGCUAUAAAAUUUUCGGAAGGAUGGCCGAGGAUGAAGGGGAAGAUCAUAGAUCGAUCGAAGCUUGCACCACGGCCCAGGCUAUGAUCGACAUCAAUGCUAAACACCUGGACGGGCUGAGGACCCAAUGUCCUCCCAGUGCCGAACUCACACAACACGAAAUUCGAUCUGUCGAGAGCAAGCUUAUCAAGUUGUUCAGUAGACAACUCAUUGCUAAGUAUAAAUGUCCAAACAGAGAGGCUCUGAAGGAACUCGAACAGUAUCCUCGACUUCGACUCUGGUUACAGGUGGUGGGGCUCAGCCUAAAGUGUAUCGAGGGCAUCUCGCAAGAAAUAGAGACAAUGGACGAGUUACUACGGAUGUCGGAACAUAAUCUGAAAGAAAUCAUGCAUAAAGUGAAUGCCAGAGAUGAAGAGAUAAGGAGAAUGCUCAUUGCUCUACGUAAUUUAAAAACUUAUACAGAUCGGCAGUUACAAGGGGAAGUAUCCACUGCAACGGAUCUAGAACUGCACUGGGAAUCUUGGGACAGAAAUUCCGGCGUCGGUACUUCUCCUCGUAGCUAUCAUCGUACUAGAGCUGCGCGUUCGUCCGUUCCUUCGGAAGAACUGUUAAAGGGAACUCCCGUCUCUCCUCCGUCUAAUCACGGGCACCAUAUGAGUUCUUCUUCUGGUCAUAUAUCGGUUUCUUCCACGGCCAUGUAUCACGGUCUGUCGUCGACAAUUCCCAACUAUGGCUCCGCGUCCCUGACUCCAAAUUCGAGAGAGUGUCGUUACACGCCUCCACCUACUCCUCCGAUAAUGGGAAAGAAGGGAGACAAGAGGUUUCCCACCACUCCACCACCUAGUAAGAAACACCAGACUACAUUAUUACCGGAAUUUCCUCUUACAAAAAGCAAAUCUCAUGAAGAACAUCUAGCAAACAGGAUUGAACAUAUGGAUUCUUUACAAAACAAGGGAGAGAAUAUUCCUCGGCGCCGACUGGCCACUGAGCCUGGUCUGGAAUCUUCAGGCCUGUUUGGACAGAUGUCUCCUUUGAUGUCAUCUCCCAACAGGUCUCCCCCGUUCAUCAGUCCUGAUCAACAGAGUGAUGGAUGCUUUGUGGAUGAAAUUCCUUCACAGAAUAUUUUGCCCGUACCUCGUUCUCCAAGAACGCAAGGAAUGGGUCAUUCGAUACAUCAUCGAUUUACUCCAACUCUGAAGGUCACAAUAUGCCAAUUGUGUGACAAACCCAUGUUUUUUGGUGUCAAGUGUAAAGAGUGCAAAUUCAGGUACCACAGGGAUUGUUCUGAAAAAGCACCUCCUUCGUGCGGUCUACCAAAUGCUUUGGUACACUUCUUCUCAAGGACAAUUACAAAUGAAGGAAGCCAUUCUCCCAUCAUGUCUCACACUCCAUCUGUCACCAGUCCCAACAUCCUGCGGAGCGAGAGUGGGCGAGAACGAAAGAAGUCCCGGCAGCAGCCGAUCAUCAACAUUCCUCCGUUUCCUCCGCCAGAUUCUUCGUCUAACACUUCUUCCUGCAAUUCUUCGACGCCUUCGUCUCCCGCCGUUAUCAUUACUUCCGCUCAGCAGAUGCAGUCAUCUUAUUCUAGAAUUCACCAGUUUCACUUUCCAGAUGUCUCUGAUUUAAAUAAAGACGUAACUUUAGAAACGAAGCCUUUCAUCGAUAGCGAAAUGAUAGAGACGCAGAAGUCCAAUGAUAGUGAUAAAACCGUUUCUGGUACUUCUGGAAGCACUGAUUCCGAAAAGACACUGGCUGGACGUGUUGACUCGCAAGAUAGCCAAGUCUCUGACGUAGAUGCCAGCGAGCGGUCUUGGCCCAGGCAGAAUAGUCUGUCAUUAAGAGAAUGGGAUAUUCCUUACGAUGAAUUAGAAAUUAUUGACAGAUUGGGAACAGGAAGAUUUGGAACCGUUUACAAAGGUAAUUGGCAUGGCAGUGUUGCCAUCAAGGUGCUAAAUAUGGAUCAUGUAGAUGACAAAAAAACGCUUGAAACAUUUAAACAAGAGGUAGCAACGUUUCGAAAAACAAGGCAUGAGAAUUUAGUUCUUUUCAUGGGUGCUUGCAUGAAUCCGCCUCACUUAGCAAUAGUCACAAGUCUAUGUAAAGGCAACACACUUUAUACACAAAUUCACCUUUUGAAAGACAAACUCAGUCUUAACAAAACAGUUUCUAUUGCACAACAAAUAUCACAGGGGAUGGGAUAUCUUCACGCCAGAGAGAUCGUUCACAAAGAUUUAAAGACAAGAAACAUUUUUUACGAAAACGGCAAGGUCGUCAUAACGGAUUUCGGUCUGUUUUCAGUCACAAAGUUAUGCCACGGAAACAGGAAGGGAGAAUGGUUGACCAUUCCCAAAGGCUGGUUAUGUUAUCUGGCGCCCGAAGUAAUUCACAGUCUGAGGGCAGGAAACCAACAGGAAGGUGACGACCUCCCAUUCUCUACGGCUUCGGACGUCUACGCUUUCGGGACGGUCUGGUACGAACUUCUGUGCGGAGAAUGGCCAUUUCAAGGACUUCCUUCGGAGGCCAUUAUUUGGCAAGUGGGAAAAGGAGUGAAACAGUCUUUAGCAAACAUACAAGCUUCACGUGACGUUAAGGAAAUCCUGAUGAUGUGUUGGGCUUUCAAAUCAUCGGAUAGACCAGAAUUUAGUAAAUUACUAACAAUUCUGUCACAAUUACCUUUGCUUCCCAAGAAACGAUUGGCAAGAAGUCCCUCGCAUCCCAUACAUCUGUCACGCUCGGCAGAAUCCGUUUUUUAAAUCGUCGCGGAAGUAACGGACGGACGGCUCGACGGGACGCUCGCUAGUAUCCGAACGUUAAUUUCACGUAACUAUGCACGUCCGAAGUCUGUUUGGACCUCCGCCGACUCGUCCGCAAGACUCGGGAGCGUGCAAGAAUGGGUAAACGGUAAGAGUAGGGGGUCCAGAAAACGGCACGAACACGAAAUGCCGUGCGAGCCAUCCACUCUCGCUACGGAAAUACUAAUUUUAUUCACGUUUCACACCGUCGUGCCCGUCGAGUCCACUUAUUAAGUCUGUCGGGAGUCGUGGAAUUCCUAGACGAGUAUGAACUUGGCACUGCGUGCAUGCAUAUUCAAAGAUUGCUCUUUAUCUGCGUUUAAAAGCUACAUAUAUAUAUAUAAAUGCAUGUAUAUAUUAUUUUAUAUAUACAUAUAUGUAUAUAUAAAAUUGAUCGAUGCAUAGUGUUCACUUCUCAUGCAAAUCAUUUAAUUUAUUAUUACAUAUUAUAUGUUCUUUACAAAAAACAAGCUGUAUUUUUGGGGUUAACGUGACAAGAAGGAUAUACCCGUUUAUAUUUAAACGAACGUUUUAAUAUUUUCAAAUAUCGCAAAACUUCUUUGUCGACAUUUUACUCAAAAAUUUGUAAUUCUCAGGAAAUUACACGCCCCAAACUUAACAAAAAGAUUUGCAGGAUAGCUUUUUUUAAAUUACUUUUAUAAGGUGGUUCGCACGGUACGGGAGUUAGACUUUGUUAUUUUCGUUUGCCAAUUUAUCGAGGACCGAGAGAAGUUUGGCCACGACCAGUUAAAACCGAUCUUUGGGCAGAAAACAAAAUAAAAUAUAUCGAACAAAUCGAUUGAUUUGCUCGGAAAAAGGUGUGAAAUUUGUCACAGAUGUCGUGCAAGGACAUUUCUUGCGCAUUUGAAAUUUAGGAUGACAUCGAAACUGCUGCAAAGAUAUAGUUUGGAUAUGUUUGCGCCCUCGUUUUGAAUCCUAAUUUUAAAAUUUUUAAUCAUUUUUCAUUUACAAUUUACACGACGCAUUCGUUUUUAGUUUACCCACAACGCAUAAUUUUAUAUAGAAAUGAAAAUGUUGCCAGUAAGCGGCGCAUUUUCAUUUCCGUUCUCAUUUUGACUAAGGUAAUGAGAUUUUUGUCAAACUUUUAAAUUGUAUUCUUUACGAACUGCUAAUCAGGCACCAUACGGAACUGUUCUUACAAUAUUUUUUUAUCCUUUCUUGGGUCACAAUUUUAAGUAACUACAGUUUACCAGUGCAGAAAAGAUAAUUGUUCCUAUCAUUACUUACGCGACACGCUAUUUGUUAAUUUACUUAUUAGCGUACGAGGUGUAUCGACGGAAUCCUUACAGAUUGCGAAAUUAACGAUUUAGCCGAUU